CACCACACCGCACCACACCGCACCACACCGCACCACACCGCACCACACCGCAUCGCAUCAUCGGCCCCUUGCCGCACACAGCUCGUCCAUCUCCACCCCCUUUCACCGCGCCUCUUUGCCCAGCCAUGUCCAUCCACCCUCCUCUCGUUCCCAUUGUCGGAUCAUGGUCGCUUCUGUUUGGCGGUUACCAGACCUACCUGAUGUUCAAGGUCAUCGGCCAGCGUGUCGCCAACAAGGUCUCGAUCGGAGCCGGCGAGGGCCUGGUUGAGAAGGCCCGAGCGGCCGGCAAGAGCCAAGCCGAGAUCGAUGAGAUCGAGCACGGCGUCCAAAUGCUUGUCCGCGCCAUCCGAGCCCAUGCCAACUUCACGGAGCAUGUUCCCUUGGCUCUCCUCGUCCUGGGCUUUGCCGAGCUGAACGGCGCCAACAGCCUCUAUCUCCACUCCUCUUUGGCUAUCCUGCUGAUCGCCCGCUACCUCCAUGCGGACCUGACCUUCCUCAACGAGAAGAACAAGCGGGCCUUUGGACCGACCCGAACCAUGGGUGUCUCCGGCACCAUCGCAGUGACCCUCAUCUCGGCCGGCUACAGCGCGUUCCUCGCCUUCCAGCCCGCCAUUACCUCUGCUAUCAAAUCCCUCUUCUAGUUACCUGCCAUGCGCUUGGAACCAAAGGGCCACCCUUGCGUGAGCCUGCUUUGAAACUUUGAUUGUGCCUUCAUAAUAUACGCCCACAUCUGACCGUG